AUGCCUGGAUACAGAAAAUCAGUACCUGUCGAUUACAUCAGUGGUAGGACCAGAGCGUCAAAAGAACAGCCGGCUUCAAGGGAACAACAACCUGAACCCCACCCUGAACCACAACCUGAACAACCACCUGAACCACAGCCUGAACCACAACUUGAACAACAACCUGAACCACAACUUGUACAACAAGCUGAACCACAACUUAAACAACAUCCCGCACCACACCCUGAACAACAACCUGAACAGCAAAUUGUGGACCUCGUGGAGGACUUUUUACCUCCACCGCCACCAGAGCUAAUUUCAAGUAAAAUGUCUUCAGGAGGGAUUAACCUUAAGAAGUAUAAUGGGUCUGAAUCUCCAUUGAUAUGGUUGUCAACCUUACAGUCGUGGCAGGACUUCCAUAACCUGUCCGAUGCCAGAACAAUGGCUGCCAUGUCCUUCAACAUGGAAGGGGCCGCAGCAUUGUGGCUACAAGGGUUGUCUGGUGAGGACAAGACAGACUUCAUCAAGUUUAAAGAACUGUUCAUCACCAGAUUUUGA